UUAAAGGGAUCAGGCGAUAUUGGUGACCGAUCAACAAGUGAUCUCGUUGUCAGGCUACGCACAGAAAGUGGUAGAGAUGAGUGGCUUUACUGUCACUCCUCAGUUCUAACAGACAAAUGCAAGUAUUUUUCUGAGCGGCUUUCAGAGACCUGGCCCACUUUGCAGAUCAUCGACUCUCGCAACUGCGUCGACGUCUUCUGCCAAGACUCAGACAUUGAUCACCAUGUCAACCUUCUCCGCCUCCUAUAUGUACUUACAGACGACCCCUUAGAGUGCAUACCACACGGAGUAACCAAUGUGCUCGGGAUUCUAAAGGUGGCAGUUAACCUCAGCUGCUCACAACUCAUUCCUGCUUGUGUGCAGUACAUAGAAGCAGUCCCAUGGGAGGAAGCUGAGGAGGACGAGAUCUUAAAGAUCAUCCCGAAAAUCGGUUCAUUAGCAGAACCUAUUCUUGGUCGACUCAAACCGGUUGAUAAAUCAAUUGUUGAGAAGAUUUUUGUAUCUGCUGUUCAAUUCGCCACCUCGUUACCUCAUCUGGACUCAAAUCAUAUAAAGGCUUCUGCACAGGAUCAGAUCGAGUAUUUGCUGACAGAGGAAGAUGAUGAUGAGCCUCUUUUGACUCCUGGUGAUGAUAUUUUGUCCUUGUUAAGAGAUUCCAUGAAAAGGUUGUUUUACAAAUUUGAUGACAGAUUGAAUUCGUUGCUUCAGAUGCCCUUGCAGUCAAUUUCUGAGGGGAAUGAGAUGAAAUUGUUUGAGUCACAUCUUUCUGAUUUAAGUUGGGCUUUCUUGAUCUUAAACAAGCUGGAUAUGAUGCCAGAAUUUAUCAGCCAUUGGGUGGAUGGGUCAGAGAAAGUCCUGCAGAUCUUUGAGCGGUUGAUGAGUUCGGAAGAUGGGGUUACUACAGAAGCAAGCUUGAAGGCGAUUGAGGCGUCUGCAAAAGUUCUGGAAGCAAUUUCGUAUGGCACUGUCAUUCUGCCUACUCAGAGAAGGCUUCAGAAUGUGAAGCUAUGGCUUCCAUUUGUAAGGAAAAUGAGACCCGUGAUUGAUAAGGCGAGCAGCAGCGAGAAUCAGAAGGUGAAAUUGGAUGGGGAUUUGUGGCAGUCGUUGGAAGCUUCUUUUGUCUCAAUCAUUCUAGGCCUGCCAUCAGGGGAUCAAGCGGGGAUCAUCACGGAGUGGCUAUCGGAUGCAAACGUUCGGUAUCCAGAUUUGAGGGAGGUAUUUGAGAUGUGGUGUCACAGGGCUAGGAUGGCUAAGAAGAGGUUUGGAAAUAUUGCGGGGAAUCCCAGUGAUGGAGUGAUUACUAACAUAGUUGCUGGUGGGGGAACUAAUGACAAUAUGGAUGAUUCACUUGCCUGA